AUGACAGACGUGUAUCGCUUACCUCCGGAACUCUGGAGACUAAUCAUCCGCUACGCCACACUUACUGAGAAGCCUGUUUCCGCAGUUAGGGAAUUAUCCCUCCGCGAUGCAGACUCAACAGAAGACCUUCCCUGCACGAAGAAUGACCCUCCGCUCACACCCAUUAUCUAUCACCGCAAAUCUGCCCCAUUGCAAUCUGCUAUGGAGGCGUUCACUCAGUCAGGCAUGAAACGCUCGCUUGCAUUGGUCUGCCGAAUGUUCAACCAACUCGUUGGCGAGUUCCUCUUUGAAAAGCUUUACAUCUCCGACCCCAGACUGGCGUAUUGCCUCGCCUCAACUCUCGAGAACUCUGCCUCCUACGCCAACCCCGGAAAAUGGGCGCGCCACGUAACGAUCGUCGGUGUGUUUUUCACGUGGCCUGCCUCUAGUGAGGAACUGGCGAAUGCGGCGUUACGCAUUUUGAAGCAGACGCCACAUCUGCGGUCAUUCCAUCUCUCAUGGAACUCUACCUCAAGAGAGUUCAGGGAGAGGGAACAUCAGAUUAUCGCUUCCGUUCCAACCGGUUCUUUGAGACACUUUGAGUGGGAAUGUACCGGAGGUGGGUUUGAGAGACAGAACGACCAUCCGUUUUUCAGGUUGUUGAAAGACGCAAGUCCGACUUUGCGGGUUUUGAAGCUAAGUGGGUACCUCCCUCUAGCUGAGUUACCAGUCCCAACUCCACCUCAAUUCGGGACGCGAUCACAAGGACAAUCUGAACUUCAACCUCAAGGACAAUUACAAACUAACAACAACGACAACAACAAUACUACUAAUAACAACACAACAUCCACAACAACACAAGCACUCACCCCGCUCCCCAAACUUACACACCUCAAAGUCCGUCGCGCAUUCCGCGACGACCUCCUCUUCAUCUCCCAAUGGUCCAUCUCCACACACCUAACCUGUCUCUCCCUCGGCUCAAUCUGGGCCUACUUCGAUCACCGCGAACUUGCCUUCGCUUUCUGGGACACACCCAAACCCGCACUCCGAUGCCUCCACCUCGGCGAAGGCUCUAACGUCUCUCCCUCACUUGCGCGUAAAAUCCUUAAUAGCGCGCAUAAUUUGAAGGUACUGGAGUAUUUCUUUUUGGGUGAUUGGGAUGCGAGUACUUGGUAUGGUGUACGGCAUAGGAGUUUGGAAGUUGUGAAAGUACAUGUGUCGCAUCCUGUUAUCGCCCUCCGGUCUUUGUUUAAUUCGCAGAGGUAUUCGAGGGACCAACAGUGGGAUAAGAUUUUGAGACACGUUUCGCCGUUCCUUGGGUGUAUGGAGGAGUACAACACAGACUCGGACUCUAAUCCUAAUUCUAAUCCGGCAAAUUCAAAUUCAAAUUCGAAUUCUGGAACUGCUACUCAACCUAUGAGCACAAACUACUCAGCAAUGAAGAAACUCAUCUUCCUAGAAUACACACGCAAGUUCGAAGAUCUCCAAUACGAACCUGCCGAAUUGGCUGACUGGCUAAAGACGACGAUAGAAGAAGCGGAUAUCAAAACAGACGUGCAGAUGUCUGUUGAAGUUGAAGAUUAUAUUCGGUAA